AUGAAAAUGCACCCCUUUGCCAAAUUCUCAUUAUCGUCGUCUGGCACUAGUAGCAGCAGUAGUAGACGCAAUUUUGUGGACAAACCCAAGAACCGUCGUGCAUGGCUUUUCGUUGCUCUCGUCUUUCCUAUUCUCAUCCUCCUAAUGUUCACCAGUGCUCCGAGGCAAUAUCUAUCCAUCCGUCGUCUGAAGCAACGUUUCCGAGCUCCGGCUGGUUCUGAGCAGUGCAAGUACGGCACCGUCUAUGUAUACGACCUUCCUCCAUCCUUUAACAAGAAAUUGUUAGACAACUGCCGCGCUAUAGAUCCGCAGAAUUCACUUUGCGAUGCUCUCUCUAACGAUGGAUUUGGCCCGAAAGCCACCGAUCUCCAGGGAAUCAUCCCCGAGGAUCUUACUCCCGCGUGGUACGCCACUAGCAUGUUUGCCGGUGAAGUUAUUUAUCAUACCAGGAUCUCCAAUUACAAGUGCAGAACCUAUGACCCAGAUUCUGCAGCAGCUUUUUACAUACCCUUUUAUGCGGGACUAGCCAUCGCCAAGUAUCUGUACGCUAAUCGCAGUACUGAGAGCGAGAGAGAAUCGCAGGGCGAGAGCUUGGUCAAGUGGGUAACUGAGCAACCGUCUUGGAAGAGAUCCAACGGCGCAGAUCACUUUAUUAUGCUGGGCAGAGUAUCUGGGGAUUUCAGGCCUGGGGAUCAUCAUAUGGAUGCAAAAUCGGGGUCGAGCUUCGUUCUCAUGCCUCCCAUCAGACAGACGCUAAGGCUGGCACUUGAACGAAGCCCCUGGGACCGCUACGAGAUUGGGGUGCCGUAUCCUACGGGAUUUCAUCCCAGGUCCAACGCUGAGCUUGAGAAAUGGUUGAAAUUCGUGAGAACUCGCAACCGGUCCAAGCUCUUCACAUUUGUGGGAGGGAAAGAAAAGAGGUUGAAGGAUGAUUUCAGGGGUUUGUUGGUGGACCAGUGCCGCGACGAGUCUGACAGGUGCGCAGUUGUGGACUGUUCGGAGACUCGGUGUUCCGAUGGAAGCCCGGCAAUUCUUGAACCCUUCCUGGACUCCAACUUCUGUUUGCAGCCCAGAUCAGGUGAUUCUUUCACGAGAAGAUCCACAUUUAAUUGCAUGCUGGCUGGUUCAAUACCGGUUUUCUUCUGGAAAAGAAGCAUCUUUGGUCAGUAUGACUGGUUCCUGAGAGAUGACCCCGAGCGGUUCUCGGUAUUUAUAGACGAGAAGCAAGUGAGAAACGGGACAAUUUCUAUUAGGAAAGUGUUGGAGGGAUAUGGCAUUGAAGAGAUUCAAAUGAUGAGGGAAAGGGUCACUAAUCUGAUACCUAGGUUUCUUUAUGUUAUGCCCGGUGAUGAUGAAUACGAUGAUGGUGGUGUGGGGAGGUAUACCAUGAGAGAUGCAGUUGAUAUAGCUGUUGAAGGGGUGCUGCGACGAUUCAAGGAGCUAAGAUUAGUCGAGCGACAAUGA